AUGAGUUCGAGCCUUUCGUACUAUCCCAUCCCUUCAAACAUGGCCCUCGUAAUAGUCGGUGCAUCAGGCAAACUCGGCUUCGCAACACUCAACUCCCUCCUGGACGACGGCUACAUCGCCAGCGAGAUCGUCUGCACCACUUCUUCGGACACCGGAGCACAAAAGCUGAGCACCUUCGAGCAGAAAGGCGGCUGUGUACGACGUGUGAACUGGGAUGACGACCAUGAAGCCUGGCAAGCAGCUCUCAGUGGCUGUGAUAAGCUGUUCUUGAUUUCUAGUGCAAGGAUCAACAAGGACUUCAACGAUGCUCCUCCAGGGCAGGGCAGAGAGGAAGAUCACUUCAGGGCUCUUGAGGCGGCGAGUGACGCUGGUGUGAAACAUGUCUACUACACCAGUCUGGCCUUUGCGAACCCGAGCAAGAGCCGUGUCAUGACUGCUCAUGAGCGGACGGAGGCGUGGUUGAAGGAGAAGUGGGCGGGAGGAUAUACUAUCAUCCGAGAAGGGUUGUACAAUGAGAGCUGGCCAUUGUACUUUGGAUACUACUACGAGCUUCAAAAGGAUGCACGAGAUGAGGUCGUGGUGGGCGGCGACAGCGAGAUAAGCUGGACCAGUAUAGCGGAUCUGGGACUCGCGAAUGCUUUGAUACUUGCUGCACCAAGCCAGGAAUGGGAUCAACGAACGCUUUAUCUGGCUCAGAAGCGCACACGGAGUCUCAAGGAUGUUGCGGCGUUGGUCUCCAAGGCCAAAGGACAGGACACAGUGCUGCAGAUCUUGUCAAGGACCGAGCAUGAGGCUUUCUACACUUGGGAACGAGGUAUGCCGAAGAGCGAUGUUACAUGGUGGAGCUACACGUACGACGCACUUAGAGACAAUGAGUGCGAGAUCGACGAUCCUACGCUUGAGCAGUUGCUGGCGAGGAAAGGUGGAAAACCAAAGCAGAUGGAGGAGACGGUGGCGGAGAUGAUGAAGGCAUAA